AUGAACCGCUACCUCGAACACCCCAGCUUUUUCAUCGACAAUGUCACAAUCCCUGCUGGGUCAUUGGAUCCUCAACAGCCGAUCUGGCCUGAUGACGGCCAAUCUAACGACAGUGGCUGGGAGCCACAAUUGAUGCUCGGGCACCAGAACGUUCAGGUCCACACCCUCCUCGGCCAGCACGGCCAUGGCUCCGGCAUGGCCGUCCCCUCCGAUACCGUCGGGGUCAGAGUUGACCAUGCCGUAAUCGAAACCAAUGAAGCCCCUGCCAUUCAGGAAGCACAUGGCCGGGUUGAGCACCUCGGGCCAUUUGUCUGUGUUAAAUGCCACAUGGCAUUUCGGAACAACACCGAUCUUUGGAGUCACGGAAGGAAUGCAGGUCAUGAUCCUUACGCUUGCCAUUGCAACAGUAGCUUCACCAGGCUUGAUGCUCUCAAGCGCCACCUCAACUCCAAAGCAGCUGGGCCUGAAACAAGCAAGGCCAAGGCCAGGCAUUCAUGCCUCUUCUGCGACAAGCAUGCUGGUGAGAAGGGUUUCCAUAGGCGUGAUCAUCUGCUCCAGCACCUUCGAGUACGACACCGCUUUGAAGAAAGUGGCAUCGCCCUCACGCGGACCCUCAUGAGGGUCCGCGCGGGUGCUCCUGCUCCGUCCCAACUCUGA